AAGCACGUUUUUUUUGGGCGGGAGUUUCUGGCUUCACGUAUCUGCGUCUCUUCUUCACGCGCAGCUCGAGCACCGAGGAGGAGGGGGAAACAGAAAAUGGCGGACGGUGUUGACCACAUCGAUAUUUACGCCGAUGUAGAAGAGGAAUUUAAUCAGGAGUCAGAUUAUCCUGUUCAUGAGCAGAUUGACCUGUAUGAUGAUGUCAUCUCACCCUCUGCCAACAACGGGGACGCACCUGAGGACCGAGAUUACCUGGACAACCUGCCUGCGCCGGGAGGAUCCGAGGGGAACAAAGGAGCGCCGCCAAACGUCGUCUACACCUACACUGGCAAAAGAAUCGCUCUGUACAUCGGCAACCUCACAUGGUGGACCACUGAUGAAGAUUUGUCUGAUGCUAUUCGCUCAGUAGGCAUCAAUGAUGUGCUGGAGAUCAAGUUUUUUGAGAAUCGAGCAAAUGGACAGUCAAAAGGAUUUGCUCUGGUCUGCGUGGGUUCAGAUUCAUCGUCCAGGAAGCUGAUAGACCUGCUGUCCAAACGGGAGCUGCACGGACAAAACCCGAUCGUCACUCCUUGCAACAAACAGUCGCUCAGCCAGUUUGAGAUGCAGUCGCGAAAAAGCAUACAGUCCGGGCAGAUGUCCGGAGAGGGGAAGGCCGGACCUCCAGGCUCAGGAUCUCGAAGUGGCUUCCCUCUUGGCAAGAAUCGAGGGCGCUUUCCCACCCCACCUGGCCCAGGAGGAGACCGCUUUCCUGGACCUGGUGGACCUGGUGGACCUCCACCACACUUCCCAGGUAUGCAAGGCCCGCCGCGUCCUCCCUCAGGCCCACCUGGGCCUCCAGGACCCCCUGGCCCCCCUCCACCUGGGCAAGGUCUGCUGCCACCCCUCGGAGGUCCUCCUAAUAGAGGAGACCGUCCUCCUCCACCCGUUAUGUUUCCUGGUCAGUUUGGCCAGCCUCCUAUGGGUCCGAUGCCUCCUGGCCCGCCCCCACCUGGAUACGGGCCUCCCCCAGGCCCCCCUCCACCUCAGCAGGGUCUGCCCCCUCUGGGACCCUUCCCUCCCCGUCCACCUGGGCCCUUGGGACCCCCGCUUGGCCUCGCACCUCCACCUCACAUGCAGGGACCCCCGCCUGGGGGUCCACCUCCGGCUCCUCACGUCAACCCAGCCUUCUUCCCACCGCCUGGAAACAACAACAUGCCAUCGUCCGACAGCAGGGGCCCACCGCCGGGUGAACUGUACGGCCGCCCACCUCCAUACGACAGAGACUUCGGCCCUGGCGGCAGGGACAUGGAUUCGUCUCGCGCUCCUCUGAGUGAAGCUGAGUUUGAGGAGAUCAUGAAUCGUAACAGAGCGAUAUCCAGCAGUGCUAUCUCGAGGGCAGUGUCAGAUGCGAGUGCAGCUGAUUACGGCAGUGCUAUAGAGACUCUGGUGACGGCCAUCUCUCUGAUCAAGCAGUCAAAGGUUUCUGCUGACGACCGCUGCAAAGUCCUCAUCAGCUCACUGCAGGACUGCUUGCAUGGAAUCGAGUCCAAAUCCUAUGGCUCUGCAUCGAGGCGGGAACGGUCCAGGGAGAGAGACCACAGUCGCUCUCGUGAGAAGCAUCGCCGCAAGUCUCGCAGCCGAGACCGACACGAGGACUAUUACAGAGAGCGCAGCCGCGAGAGGGACCGUCAUCGUGAGAGAGACCGCGAACGUGACCGUGAGAGAGACAGAGAACGUGAGCGGGAGUAUCGCCGUUAGUUGGAGAGGAAGAGGUCGUGAUAUCAGGUACGUGAUCAGAAAAGCGUGAUCUGAGUACUCUGAUCCUUAAAACUUGUGUACCUGGUCUUGAAGCCGUUUAAUGUGCAAUAUCAGCUCAAGCAACCAAAAACUAUCCCACAAUUGUUGAUGAUAUCCAGUUUGUCUUUGAAAGGAUUGUGUAUUUCAGCAUUUUAUUUAAAAAAAACAAAAUGUAUUUGCAUUUUAAAAUGCAAGUUACUGCACUUAUUUGUCCAUUUAACUGAGAUUUGCUGCUACUUUUGAGACUGUGCCAAUGUCAAAAAACACUUCCCUCCGUAUUUUGCCUAAUAGACCAAUUGGUUGCCAAAAAAAAAAAUGAAAUUCAGGGUGUUUGAUGCCUUUAGAAUUGCGAUUAUGAAAUAUAAAUUCAACAUUUGACCAUAAAUGUAUAGAAAAUUGGUUGAAGUUUGAUGAGAGAAAAUGAAUGUAUUGAAAUUGUUUCUCAGGUUGUGCGUUGACAUUCCUGCAGGCAGAUUUGAUGUUUACAUAAUGGUUCUAGUUUAGUUCCUUACUGAUUUGUUGUGAAAAGCAAAUUAAUGGAGUCAAAUUGAUCUGCUUUGGCAUUUAAAAACAUGAAGCUUGUAGUCUGUCAGUUUGAGUUGCCAUGGUGUAGGCAAAUGUAAUUUUUCGUGUAAGGUUUAGUCUCGAACACAUCUGUACAGUAUAAUUUUAAAAAACGCAUUAUGAAUGUCCUUUGUUUGAACAAGCUAAAUGUAUUUUCACUGUCAAGGGUCAUUUUAUGCAUCCUAGUAUUUCAGUCACAUUUGCAGGUUUUUAAAAGCUAGUCAAACUUUUCCAUCUUUUUCUUAUCUGAAUUUGACAUUUUCUGUUUAUAUCGUUAUUCAUUUAUUUUCCAUGUUUGUUAAUGUUACAUCCUCUUAGAUGUUGCGGAUGUAGCAGUUCUUCACCAUUUUUAAUGUUUGUCUUUAAAUGUAAAAUAAAAGUAGAUCUACAAUGUCAGAGUAACACCAGUUAUGCUUUUCAUUUUAUCAUCUCCUUUAAUGCUUGAUGAAUGGAGAAGAACUGCUAUAUUGCUUUCCCAGAGGUAACAUGAACGUUUUUAGCAUUUUUAUGCUUUUUUGUUUCUUAUUCUCUUGGUAAACACCCAUGUUUGUGAUGAUUUCAGUUUGAUUUAAUAUGCAACAGAUAUUGAAUAAAUAUUUUCACAAUCAGUAUUUAAAUUAAUGCAGCACAUGUCCUCAGUUCAAACCCUGUUGGUCUGAUUUUAGAAAUUCAUUACGGUCUAACCUGCUGCUUCAUGGCUCUGCUGUGUGACGGUGUUUCCUUAUAGGCUAAAUUUGUACGUAAAUGUAAAUUUGUACAUAAUUUGUAUGUAAAUGCUGAGGACACUGUAAUAUCAUGUGUGAUGCAUUGUGAGUGACCCCACGUAUGCUAGAUUUAGAUGCAAAAAAAUACAAAACAGUUCAACUAAAACUGCAACUCAGGUUUAACAAAUAGAUUGUAAAUGCACAACUGCAUUGUCAGUUUUGUUGAAUGUAAUUCUGGUAGCUUCCAAAUUGUUGUUCUGGCCUCCUAUCAAAAAAAUUGCCAAUUAUUCAGGUGUUUUGUUUGUUUUUUAUUUUUGUUUUUCUCUGUGUUCUCAACUGUGCAACCUAUCAUUGAAGCAACACCAAUCAGAGAAAGUCAGAAAUGCACAAUUUGCAUUUUGAUUUGUUCCGCUGUUAUUAAUUCAGAAAUCAUGUUGUACUUUUAAUACAUGGUUUUUAGUCUGCAUCAGGUUAGAGAUUUUGAAUAGAGAUUUUCAGAACUGCAAACUUAGAGGAAUUGAAAGCAUUUGCUCCAUGCGUAGAGCCCUGUUCCAUGGGAUUUUUGGAUGUAGUGCACAUCUGUCUGUGGUUCAGCUGCAGAAAUGACUGUGUUCCCAGGUUGUGUAGGUUUUUCUGUAGUAAUGGUCCUGACGUGAUAUUAAAGGGGUCAUAUGAUGCUGCUAAAAAGAACAUUAUUUUGUGAAUUUGGUGUAGUAAAAUGUUUGUGGUUUAAGGUUCAAAAAACACAUUAUUUUCCACAUACUGUUUCUCCUCUAUGCCCCGCCUUUCUUUCGCCUUUUUUAUUUACUAAACUCUAUCAGUCUGAAAAGCAAUGUGUGCAUUGAUUGGCCAGCUAUCCAGUGCGUUGUGAUUGCCCGAAUAUCUCAAGCGUGUGACUGAAAUGUUACGCCCCUUAACAUACUGUGACUCAUGUCACGGUCAGAACACUGGCGCGACAGGACAAAAACAAUAAAACCCAUUACAAACAAGCCAUUUGUUGCAUCCAGUGGGGACAUAAUUAUGGAUUAUAAUGACUUGUUGUUUUUUACACGUUGCGUUGUGCCACGUAAACAUAAAACCAUGUCUGCAUUUGUGAUCGGAGAAACGACAAACAAGCUCUAAUCUACACCAGCGGUUCUGAAUUCCAGUCCUCGCGACCCCCUGCUCUGCAUAUUUUGCGUCUCUCUGUUAAACUGUGACUGUGGGAACUGUGUUCCCAUUGACAUGGUCCUUACACAGUGUUCAUUGCCCACUACUCCCUGAGCAGGGGAAAUCUGUUGAAAUUUACCUCACUUCGGAACAUUCAUUCACGGAUUUGCAACAGCGAGAAUAAAAGUUACGCCUUGUUUCUUUGUGGGAACAUUCUUCUCACAUAGUGACGUAGAGGUGGGGGCGUGUUUAAACGGGGCUUUUUAGGAGGGCGUGAACGAGUCUUAACUUUUAUAAAGAAUAUCUCUUUGGGUUUGAGACUUUAGUCUUUGCAACUUUACAGAUCUUCAUGCACCAAGAGAUUGUAACACUCCAAAGAGAAAGGAAAACUUGAAAUGGCAUCAUAUGACCACUUUAAUCACACCCCUUUUCCUCUGUUCACUAUUGUGCUUUAUAAGAUGCUGUCACAGGAUUGGACAAACUUGUGUUUUCGUGAUCGUUACAGGCACUAGUAAUUGUAAUUCCAAACACCAACUACACUGUAACUUCAGUGCAAGAAUUUCCGUGUGUUCAUGUCUAACUUAUUAAAUAUUUAUUGUAUUAAAAUGGGCAGAAAUGCCUGUGAAUGACUAAAGACACAAACUAAUGUUUUAAGAAAUCACAUCUUUGGUACGUUUUAUAUUUUGUCCACUUUUCUUGACUAGCAGAAGGGGCAAAGUAUGAUUAGUCACUGAAUUUUGUCCAACCCUGUGUACUGUAACUUCAGUGUCCACUGAAUCACUAGAAUCAAGCAAUUUAGCAUAGAACUUUUUUUAGCAACAAUUACAUUUCUGUUCAGUAGAAGUGAUGCAUAAAAUGGUAAACAGUUGCAUCUUAAAAACAAAUGCAUUUUGCGUUGGGGGUGGUUCGAAUUUGAAAUGUGGAUUUGAUGCUUGUUCUCAAGAGGUAAAGUGGACACUAUACUUUGUGCUUCGCAAUUUUUGUCAAUGGAGGGAAAUAUUAAGAGUUAGUAUUUUUCCUAUUGUAGAAAAAAGAAAAUACAGGUUAGCAUUUCCAGUUUUGUUCAGUUGAAGUUGAAUAUCUAGUUAAAUGCUCUAAAAUCUUAAUUUAUUGGAUUAUCGGUUCAUUGAGAAAUUCAGUAAAAGCCAACAUAAAAUGUGUUGUCUUUACAUAUGUUUGUAUUUUGGCAGUUUACCAUGUGGACUUGUUGCCCAUGAUCGAAGCAUUAUUUUGCCGACAUAAAAUUUGAAUGCUGUUUUGACACCUUUUAGAUUUGGUGUUCCAAUAGAUAUGAAGAUGAUAAAAAGAGGACUAAGUGAUUUGUAGUAGAUCACAUCUGCUUAUAUAAUUGAUUUUACCUGUGAAAUUGAUUUUGUGCAGCAAGCACUCAAAAUAAUUACCUUGUUUGAAGCCAUAAAAGAUUAUACAUGUUUUACAUUGACGGAGACAAACCAAUCAACCAAAAUAAUGUCAUUCAGUAUCAUAGGGAUUUUUAUGCAAUUUAAAUUGCGUAUGUCCAUAACAUCUUAUUCUACAGAUCCAACUUAUGCAUAAACUUUUUCUGUACUUCAUUGCAAAUGUCAUCUUUAAUAUGACUUUUUUUUUUAUCCUCAUUAUGUUCCAAACCAGUAUCAUUUUGUUUUGAGCUUUUUGGCUAAAAUGUACUUUAAAAAUACAACACUACUAAAUGCAUUUCAAAUCUCACCCAUUCAAAUCUUGUGUUGGUAGUACUGAUGCUGAUUUAUAUGGAUUUGUUGUGGUUGAUUGCUUUCUCAGUGGGACUAAAAUCCCAUAUAUUUUCAUAUAAUGCAUAUUUUGCCAAUUGGUCAACUCAAAUGAAUUACAGUUUUGAUGGGGUAUUGUGCAGUCGAAUACUAUUAAUUUUAUCAUUGUCAUGGAUGAAUAAUAGACAUCAGACCAGAUUAAUUGCUAAUGAUGCUUUAAAAUAAAUAAUUCAUCCAGAAAUUUGCUGAAAAUGUGUUCACUUAAGCCAUCCAGAAUGUAGACGGGUUUUUCUUUAUAAGAUUUGGCGAAAUGUAGCAUCACUUGUUCACCAAUGGAUCCUCUGCAGUGAAUGUGUGCCGUCAGAAUGAGAGCCCAAACAGCUGAUAAAAACAUCACAAUCCACACCACUCCAGUCUAUCAGUUAACGUCUUCUGAAGCCAAAAGCUGUGUGUUCAUAAACAAAUCUAUCAAGAUGUUUUUAUAACUUCAAACUGUUGCUUCAUUAUUUUUUAACAGCUAAACUAUGAGUACAUAAUAACGCUUCCUCUAGUGAAAGGUCCAUCUGCUACUGUCCUCUCACAUCAAAAUCCACCUACAUAUUUGUUUGGGGGGUUUUUUUGGACCAUUUUCACUGGUAAGCAUUGCUUGUGCUUAUUUCUCUCCUGAUUCAGACAAAUUACUUUUUCAUUGGAGGAAGCAAUAUUUCAGAUGGUUAAAAUUCUUUACCAUGGAAUUGUUUUUAUUUCACAAGAUGUUAACUGAUGUUCUGGAGUGGUGUGGAUUAUUGUGGUGUUUUUAUCAGCUUUUUGGACUCUCAUUCUGAUGGCACCCAUUCACUGCAGAGCAUCCAUUGGUGAGCAAGUGAUGGAAUGCUGCAUUUCUCCAAAUCUGAUGAAGAAACAAACUCAUCUACAUCUUGUAUGUCAAAUUCCACAAAAUUUCAUUCCUGGUUGAACUAUUCCUUUAAUGUCCAUCAGAGUGAAAAUGACAUUUGCUGAGCUGUUGUGUUGAGUACAGUGUUUCAUAGUUGUGCAUGCCAAUGUCUGUAUGAUUGUCGUCCAGGUCACACUGUAUUUAUACACUGAAUCCAGGGGCUUGUCUAAAAUAGUGUUGUUUUGUUGUUGUUUUUUUAAUUGACUGCAGUUAAUGUUGUACCUUUACCAAAUUCUGUGCUUUUGUGAAACUACUACAUUUAAAUAUUGCUUUAGACCAGGGGUCGGCAACCUUUUUGGCAUGACGUGCCAUUUUUUUAUUUUAUUUUUUUUCUGGUUAACCACUGUGCCAACAACCCCCCACCCCCACCCCCAGCCCUUCUAUGCAUUCUGUACAAUAAAAAAAAAAAAAAAACAGGCCUAUGUGAUUUUCGUGCAAGUAGUUUCUGAAGAUUUUUUUAUAAAUUGUUUUUAAACUUUUCAAAAGUUUCUUGAAUAACAGAUAUACAGUGUGACCUUACUGAACACCACUGUAUUUGUGUGUGGCAAGACCAAUGCAUUAAAACAGUACAGUUUACUCACCGUUCUGUAUUAAUGCGCUGCUUUAAUUGAUGCACGCGAGCGCACACACCCCACUUGCUUAAGUAGUGAAAAACUUACAAUACAGCACUUUUAAACUGAUGCUUCGUGCUCUGCUUCUCUGAACAGUAAACCCCGCCUACUUUGAUUUGAUUGGCCAUCUCAGUCAUUUUGACGUUGACGAGCGCUGUUAGACCGCUGAGGCCUUGAUCUGAAGUGCCUAGUAUGUGCAGCGUUAUCUGUAGACUAGCGCGAGUUAAUUCUCACGCUUUAAUUGUAUUUAUAGCUCCUAACAGGCUGUGACUGAGAAGUUAUUACCUCAAAAUGUACAUCAGUAUGCAGUUUUCCCUAUUGCUCGCGUGCCAGCGAUUAUCCCUCUGCAUGCCACAGGUUGCCACCCCUGCUUUAGAUUAGUACAGUAGUCGUAAUGCAACAAUAUGCCCCUUAGUUUGAUGCUGUUGAAAACUGAAAGUUGUUUGCAUGCCUGUGUAUGUGUGGGACGGUCUGAUUGUGUUUAGAUGUAGAGGGGGAAAGCAGCUGUGUGUGUUUCUGGGUUCUGUGCCCCAAAACAAACUGCCACCUUCGUUUUGACACCUUUCAGCCGAACGCAAGAGGAGGAGGAGAGACGUCAGGAGCAACGUGGAUUCAUCCGACAGCGUCCCGCAUCGCACCGUCACGGAGAGCGCCGGACUCCGGACACACUCUACAGAGCUGAAGUAGAGUUCUGUAAAAUAUUAUAUACUCUUAAUUCCUGACAGCUCUUUUUAUUUUUUACUUUUAUUUGGAAGUAGCUGUGUGCUAAAGUCAGUUCAGCGAAAUAAUUAUUUGGCUGCUUGUUCGAGAAACAACAACUUUCCCCACUGCUAUAAUGUUGUAAAUUGUCAGUUAGCUAGGUUUGUUUUUAUUGGAUCCUCUUUUUUUUUUUUUUUUUCGGUUUCAUGUUUCUUCCCUUUUCCCCUCGUCCAUAUAAUGUUUGUAAUUGUCUUUUGCCUUGAUUAUUAAAUAGAAUGUGUUGUAAUAAAGUGUGUACUUGUUGCUUGUUCAUACUUAUCUGCUAGUUUAGGUUACUGGGUUAAACAUUUAGCCAACCAUUGCUUUUUAUUUGUUCAUAAUUGCAUACUUCCAAAACUUGUCCUUGAAUAUCAGGAUAAUUGGUUUAAGAACCAAAUUUCAGGUUGUUUGACAUCUUUAAGUUCUAUAAACAUUGUGCCUUUUCCAAUUUUACUUUAAUUUUAAGAGGUUCAAUACAAUAUGGAUUAAUUUGUGUAGUAUCUGUUAAUUCCUGUUCAUAUUCCAAAUCAAUUGGCAGUUCCUGCAGGCUUAAAUUUUCCAUAACUUUUAAUUGGUUUUCUUGAUUGUGAUUGGAUCUAUACAAUUAAAAUCUGUGAAACAUGCUCAAUUUUGUUUGAGAGUCAAAAUAAUGAAUCGUUUAUGGUCAGUAAAUGAUAGUGCAAAAUAUUCUGCAUUUGUAAUGUCUCUGACAUCUCUGCUGCAGAUUGUGUGCAUUUCUUUGUGUAUAUAUCUAAUCUGCAUAUGUGCAUAUGUAGGAUUUACUGUAAUUUGUCCCUCAAAGGGUCUCUUAUGUUUGGUUCUGCUAGAUUUAGAAUUUAAAGGAAUAGUAACCUUUAAUGCAAAUUUAGUAAGCUUUGAUGCAAAUUUUGUUCCACCAUUUCAUUGUACGGAGUUUCCAAUUUUCAUUAUGUAGACUGCUUAUGGCAGCUGUUUUUUUUUUUGCUAGUGAUGUAAUAAGCAGUGUUUCCACAUGCAAGUCUGUAAGGUUAUCUCUGCUUACUGUAAAUAUUCAUGCACUUUAUUUUGAGACUUUGAAGACAGUUGAGGGAGGUACUUCUGGGUAUUUGACACGUGACAUGACCUAUGCAUUGACUUUGCAUCUGUUUGAAUGAAAGAUUAAGGUUCAUGUAAACUCGGUUACUCGCCUGAGCCUGUGGGCUUUGUUGGUGUUUUUGAUGGUUUAUCACUGUAAUUAGAGCAAGUUCAAUGUUGGAGUAAUUCUAGUGGUUCUUCAAACCACUAGUUAAGUGACCAGACAUCGACAUUGUGGGUUCCUGUUCCCUCGUAAACAUUCUGGACUGAGAGGUAAGUCUGUUUUGCCUUCCAAAUCUUAUAGAAAUUGGUACACUUGUGCAUUUUGUAGCUUUGUGUUUUUGAAGCCCAGAGCAUUGCAGCUUGUUUACAGCUCAAGUUUAUUUGGGUCUUGCUGUUGCCUGGCCUUCUCUGAUGCAUUCCCUUCAUUGUACAGUUGAGUCCACACAAUUAUUCAUGAUUGAUGUGGGCUACUUGGUGUAAUAUAUUCAGAUUUACUAUUACAGAAUAUUUUUGCCAAUCAAUAAAUUUUUUUCACAUUA